GUCCCUUAGCUAACAACACCGCUCAAGUCGAAAAUUGGCGGUUUUUACAUUUUAAUGCCAUUGGAUGAAGCUGCGCAUUGCGCGUCGAACCAUUGGUCUCAUGAAAUAGAUUUCGGCCAAUCAGAAGCCGUAAUUCAAAAAAUAGUGACAGCGCUCAAGUCGGUUGGCGUCGCAACACCGCACAAGUCGUUAGUCUGUCAUAAUUUUCGCGGAAAAUACUUCGCGCUCUGUGUUUUUUCUAUUUUUAAGUGAAUUUUAUCGCUGGAACGUUCUUGCAAGUAGUUUUAAUAGAAGAUUAAGAGGUAAGCUAUAGAAUAAAGUAAUGUUUAUUGAUGUACGCGUAUUAAUUUAGAAAUAAAUGAUCAAAUAAUAUCCUUACUUACUUAGGCGGUGUUUACUAACAAUUUUUUCUUAACUUAGGCGGUGUUUCAAAAUUUGUUAUUUUUUACCUGACUGCCAAAGAGGAGGGUAAUGUGUUUAGGAUUCCACAAAUAUGGGUAUCAAAUGAAAGCUUGUGAUGUGUGUUACACAAAAUUGAAAGUUUUAUCAAAAUCGGUUCAGUAGUUUUUAGAUUCUUGGUCGGGGGUUUUACGACUUUCUGUCGACUCAGUUAAUAAUAAUAUAAGCUUGUUAUGAAAUCCUAUGAUUGAAAUGGUGUUUCAAAUUUGUUAUUUUUUUAGGAAACUCAAUAAUUGAAAGGCGCUAUGGAUGGAGAAGAAAUUGAUUCCUGGAGUGAUCUGGGUUCAGGUGAUGAAUGGUUAUGUGCCCAACUACAAAAAUCAGGACUGAUGUCAAAACAUAAACGGCGUAAACAAAGUUGCAAAGAAGAUAAUAAAAUAAUUAAACUAGAUGUGAAUCAAAAAGAUCCUCCUAAAAAUGAAACUAUUGCAACACCAAUAAAUGAUCAAAACUUCGGGGAGUCCAUAAAAGGUAUUAUAAGUAGCCAGGAUAAUGUAAACGCAAUAUUUGACCAGAACAUAGACUUGGAUAAUAUUGAAAACAUUGACAUUCACAAUCUACAAGUUGUAGAAAAAGUUGGUAAUGACUUCUUUGAUCUGCAACAUAUACCACCCGAAUUUGCUACAGUGACCAUCGAGUAUCCUCAGCCUUCUGCAUUGAAUGUAGCCAAUAUUUCGGUAGAAAGUGAGAACGUUGUACAAGAACUAGGAAAUAUUCAUAUCGAAGCUUUACCUACGAAUACUCAAGACCCAGUUUCGGAUAUAGUAAUUAACACAGAUAUAAUAGAUGAAAAUAAAACAACUCAAUAUAUACCACCCGAAUUUGCUACAGUGACCAUCAACAAUCCUCAGUCUUUUGCAUUGAAUGUAGCCAAUAUCUCGGUAGAAAAUGAGAACGUUGUACAAGAACUAGAAAAUAUUCACAUUGAAGCUUUCCCUACUCAAGACCCAGUUUCGGAUAUAGUAAUUAACACAGAUACAGAUAUAAUAGAUGAAAAUAAAACAACCCAAACCAAUAUACAGCAAUCCAGUGUCUCUGCUACUCCAUCAUGUUCUUCAAAAGUGGUCAUACUCAGCAAUAUUCCUUAUCACGGGGAUUUGUUAAGUAAUAAAAAAAGACAGAACAAGGCGUCAAAAGAUCCAAAUAAAUAUAAACGCAAUAUAAAUAAAGAAUUACGGAUGAAAGGUGAAAGUUAUUUAGGAUACAGAAGAGACAGAAAAGCAAAGACUAAUGAAAAAUUUAAAGUGAAACAAGACGUAUUUAAGCCUGCAAGAUCCAUGAAACCACCCUGCACUUCUGCGUUUUGCAAGAAAUCCAAACUCAGGUCAUGUGACAACAUAAACGAGGAACAGCGAAAAUAUUUGUUUGACAAUUUCUGGAAGAACAUGAACUGGGAGCAGCGAAGAUCAUUUAUAACUUCUCACGUUAACAAAGUAUCAAAGAAAGUUACAAAAAAUCCAGAAUCAUCCAAAAGAACUGAUAGUCGAACUUACGUUUUGACGAUUGAUAAUGUACGUCACCAAGUCUGCAAAAAAAUGUUCUUGGCCACUCUUGGAAUUAAAGAUUGGUUUAUAAGAUAUUGGUUGACAAAAACCGAUUGUGCUAUGCCUCCCGAUGUGUCUUCUUCAACCAGUAAUCGCAGAAAUCCAGAGAAAAUUGAAGACCACAAACAUGUUGAAAAGUUUUUAGGAGAUCUUCCAAAGAUGCCGUCACAUUACUGUCGUGCUAAAACAUCACGAGAAUAUUUAGAACCAAUUUUCUCGAACAUGACACAGCUCUAUCACGCAUAUAAAGAUAAUUGUGAAUUAGAGGGUAGAGAAUGCCUUGGGCGUAAAUUAUUUGACAAAUUAUUUUUGAAACUCAAUUUGAGCCUAUUCCACCCAAAGAAGGAUCAAUGCGACGUUUGUUGCAGUCAUAAAACUGGAAACAUUACUGAUGAAGAAUACGCUCAACAUGUUCUGAAGAAAGAUCGAGCCAGGAAAGAAAAAGAUACUGACAAAGGAAUUGCACAGUCCGGAGCUUGUCACGUAUUCACACAGGAUGUUGAAUCGGUAAAAUUGGCCCCGUAUCUUCAAGCUAGUGCAAUUUAUUAUAAAACUAAAUUAUGCGUCCAUAAUUUUACAUUAUACAAUAUAGCAACUAAGGAAGUAAUGUGUUAUUGGUUCGAUGAGUCAAAUAGUACGCUUGAAGCCUCUGUUUUUGCUUCAUGCUUAGUAGACCAUCUAGAGAAGGUUUUGAGUCUGAAAUUAUUGCCUGUGGUUUUAUAUUCCGAUGGUUGUUGUGCUCAAAAUCGCAAUGUUACCUUAAGCAAUGCUUUAUUACGUUUAGCGAUUGAAAAAAAUAUUGUGAUUACUCAAAAGUACCUGGAAAAAGGCCAUACUCACAUGGAAUGUGAUUCGGUACAUAGUGCCAUAGAGUGUAAAUUAAAAGGUAAAGAAAUUUACCUUCCACAACAAUACAUGGCUAUAAGUAAAACUGCUAGGAGUGAUCCUAUGCCUUACCAAGCUUGUUAUUUAGAUUAUACCUUUUUCACAGACUUUUCGAAAGAAUUGAUUUAUAAAUCUAUAAGGCCUGGUAAAAAAGUAGGUGACCCUGUCGUCACAGAUUUACGUAUGCUAGAAUACAGACCAAAUGGCACAAUUUGGUAUAAAGUUAGUUUUGAUGACGAGCUUCACCCGUUACCACAUCGUCCCACGGCAAUUAACAGCAUUAAACAAAUAAAUAGCUUGCAAAAAUUGUACGCAGCUAGAAUACCAAUUACAAAGCGGAAGUAUCAAGAUUUGCAAGACCUAAAAAGUGUAUUGCCAUCUAGUUGCCAUUCUUUUUAUGAUGACCUUCCGCACAGCAAUCACUAAAGACUGCAACUAAACUAAAGACUAGAGAUUUUGAGUUUUCUUUAUUAUUUUAUUAAUAGAUACUAUUAUAUAUUAUUUCUUUGGAGUUUAUUAAAGACUAAGUAAACUAAGAUUAGUAUUUGAAACAUUUACCUAUUAAAAGAUAAAAAUAUUAGGUACUUCAUUUAAGUUCUAACUAGAGGUUUGUGUAUUACCAAAUUACUUUAAGCAAUUGAUCUCAACAUGUGAUUCUUAAGAUUUAAGUAAAGAUACCUAUCUAUGUUAUAAAGAAUGUUAAUUUUCUUUUCUUAAUAAAAGCUUUUAUUUGCAAAUCAUCUUUUAAUACCUUCUUAAUCCCUAACAUUUUCACAAACAACACCGCCUAAAUCUAAUAAAAUAUCAGUCAACACCGCUCAAGU